GACUAGCGACACCUAGGAAUAAUCCGAGGAACCUGACCAACAAUAACUGGCUCAUCUGUCAGAUGAGUCGAAGUUUGAAAAAGGUUAUGUUGCGUUGUGGUUGAUAAGAAGCGCAGAAGCCCAGAUUAGUAGUGUCUUAUAUCCGUGGCUGCGUAAUGACAGGGAAAUUGUGAAGGUUAAUCGUUUUCAGAAAAUGAAAUUCAGCGAAAAGGAACUCGCUGAAGCCAGCAACGGACCCGCCAACCUCGAGGGUCGACUAAAUCACAAGAGAGCACACAAGUCGGGUUUUAAAGAAAAAUGGUUUAAGCUAAGAUGGAACCUACUUUUUUACUUCAACCUCAACGACCUUGGUCAAAUUGACAAGAGGCAGCCGUCAGGUGUAAUUGUUUUGGAAAACUGCAGUAUUAACUUGGACACCACGACCGAGGGUGCGUUCGCAUUUAGUAUAUCGUUUAGGGAUGAGCAUGAUAAGCGUCACGUCUUUAGCGCUCAAUCGGAAUCAAAAGUCGAGCAGUGGGUAACGAUACUAAAACAAUCAAGUUACGAAUAUUGGCGAUCUAGGCUGAUUACGUUACAAGAAAGACUGUGUCAGAAAACUGGUAAAGACCCCUUGCUUAUGUACCCAAGAAAUCAAGGGGUGGUUCGAGAUCAAGCUUGGGAGAACAUGCCCAGCUUUAAAUCUCACGUUCGAAAUUUUAAAUCUACCGUCAUCACAUCCUCUGGAAUGAAUACUUUAACCAGAGAAGUUAAUCUUAUUGAAUUUUGACAAUGCAAAGUAUAACGUGAGUGGUUUAGGCUUUGGUCAUUCUUCAGACUGUUAAGGAACAAAAUUAAAGUAAAUAAACUCAAAUAAUUUAGACUUAAGCUGUUAUGAACCCAGACGAAUGUAAAUCAUAACUAUCACAGAACAGAUAUUAAAUUGGUGUAUAUUUGUAUGAUGGUAAAGUCACCGCAACAUUUUUUAUCCAAAUAUAUUAUAUCUAUGUACUGCUUGAUGCGUGUGUCGACAAUACGAAUAUUUUUACCAUAAAGAUUAUUGGAAUAGAAUCUUUGCUAUCGCUCAACUGAUGUACACCAGUGUUACAAUAUUUUUAAGGUAUUUAAAAUAUAACUAAAAAUAAUAAUCACUUAACGAGUAAUACUUUUUACUGUUCUUUCAGACACUAUUAUUAUA